AUGGAUUAUUUGUUCUGGAGGAAGAAUAAUAUAAUGGAGCCAGAAGAUGAUAGGGACCCUUAUCCUUGGAUAAUUUGGUACAUUUGGAAAGCCAGAAAUGAUAAGUUGUUUAGAGGCAUCGAUAGAGACCCAUUGGAGCUAGUUAGGUAUGCAGAAAGUGAGUGUCAAGCUUGGCAUAAUGCGAGGGAAACUAUACCUGCUCCCAUACUGGGACAGCCCGAAGUGGAAGAGCAAGCCGUAAGCUUGGGUGAGAUAUGUAUGGUGGAUGGCUCGUGGACCUCCACAGCUCAGUUUAGUGGAAUGGGAUGGGUCUGGAAGGAUAGCACGGGAAAAAUUCAACUUAUGGGUUCCAGGAAUCUAACGCGGCGCGAAACACUUUUACAUUCAGAGUUGGAAGCGCUAAGAUGGGCAAUGAAGUGCAUGAUACAACAUUCGACCUGCCAGAGAUUUGGGACGGAUUGCUAG